AUGACUUCUUCACCAUGCGUAGUCGCGUACGUACAGUAUCUGGCAGAAGGAGUUCCUGGUCACCUCUCUCGCGAGGACAUCUGUAAGCAUCUGAAUUCUCCAGCGUGGUACUAUACACGUGUGUACUUAGAUUCACCGUCCAACGAGGUGUCCCAUCUCCGUUUGCACGACACUUACAGAUGUCGAACGGCUGCCGUUCCAAGCGGACCACCGCAGAGCUGCAUCAUGCUUCCGUCUCGACCCCGUCUUUCCGCCUGCCUCGCCGCAACUCUUUAAACUCUCCCGCACGCCUUCUUCUUCCAACAUAAAAUUCGCGGACGAGCGAGCGACCCUCGCGCUGAUGUCGUGCCGUAAUGUAAAA